UUUCGAGGUUCGCUUCUUCAAUUCGUGUGUGAAAUUUGCUGGUCAAAGGUUCGAUUUGAAGAAGGUCGUCAAUAUGGGUUACGGCGGCUUUCUUACUCUCCUCAAUGGCUCUCCGAAGGACUGGGUCGUGAGCGGCCAGCACUCUUACCAGAUGGACAAGUGGGAAUGGUCAACGGUCAAGGCCGGGACUGCUGCGCAGGUAUACGUUGAGUGGGGUCAGAAAGGCAACCAGAAGGACGAUGGCGGCGAGGCCUACUACACCAUUGACGGCACUUCAGACACGUUCCAGGUCAUCGGAAAGAAACCGGACGACUUCCACAUCACCAUUAAUCUUGAUAACAUGGCGACCAAGCAGAGCCCGAAAGGGUCGAGCAUCGAUUUGGGUUUCCGCCAUGACCAUGCUGUGGACUUCAUUGUCAGCACCGACGAGCUUGGUGAUUGGUGGUCAAACGCUGGAGAUCUCACCGACUGGAUGCAACAGAGCCUUGGAACCUUGGGGAAUAGGACGCUGAAGCAGAUCUGCAUGCCGGGUUCGCACGAUGCUGGCAUGAGCUCGUUCGAUGCAGGCACCAUCGGCGCACACUGGACCAACAGCCAGACGCAGCUCCUCAACUUUUACGACCAGCUCGUGGCUGGAUCACGAUACUUUGAUCUGCGACCUGUGAUAUCCGGCGGAGAGUUCAAAGCCGGGCACUACUCCGAGAUCGAGGACAUCUGGCUGGGUGGCAACGGAGAAAAGCUCUCGGACAUUAUCAACCAGGUCAACGACUUCACGGCAAAAUACAAGGAACUCGUCAUCAUCAACUUGAGCCACACGCUUGACACAGAUAAUGACUACAAAGACCUCUCUCAAGAUCAAUGGAAUCAGCUUUUUGAUAAGCUUAAGGCAGUCAAUAACCGCUUCACCGCCGACAAUCCCGGAAGUCACGAUUUCAGCGGCGACACUCUGGGCAGCUUCAUCACCGACCGCGCCUCAGUGUUCAUCUUCGCGCAGCUGCCCAGUGGUAUCUCGCUCGGCGACUACGCCAACCAAGGCUUCUUCAACCAGGAUAACUUCCCCAUCUACGACUCGUACGCGAACUCCAACGACGCCGAGGCCAUGAAGAAAGACCAGCUCGACAAGCUCAAGGCUGAGCGCAAUCUAGUCGCCGAUGACGCUACGCGCAAAGACAAGUUCCACAUCUUCUCGUGGACACUCACGCAGCAGGCCGAGGACGUGCUCAACUUUGACAAGGCGAUUAUGAACCUUGCGGCCUCGGUUUACGACCCGCUGUUUGUCGAUGCGUUCAAUGCGUUUACGCCCGAGAGCUUUCCUAAUGUGCUGUAUGUUGAUGCGGUGGGCGUGCGCGACAAGCCGGCCGUCUUCCCGUAUGACAAGCCGGCGGAUGUGGGCAGGAAUUACGACAUCAUCAGCCUGGCGAUAGCGAUCAACAACGCGCGGGCUGGGAAGAACGUUUACAUCACUGGUUAGAGGUCGACAUCGGUGGAGGAGAAGUGUGAGUGCUGUCAUGGGUUUUCUUCGGAAGCACAAAGUUUUCAAACUUCUGGAAGAGCACGGGAGUUGAGACG